AUGGUACCUCACUCGAGUAUAGCGAUCUCCGGCAGCGGGAGAGAUGUCAAGAACCCUCGCAGGAGGAUCGAAGUGUUCGAACGUCUCCAGAAUCACACAGACCCAAAAUUAUUCACGCCGCGCUGUAUUUUCGACGGAACCGUUAUCAUGUACUCUUCCCGCGAGCUUCCGUUGUCUGGCAGGGACUCUCAAACCUGUAAGAGUAAGGUGUUCGAGUCGGAACUACUAAUCAAUCUCUAUCUUUCUGAAAAGUUCGACGUCAAUAUGUCUGACAAACCCCGAGUGGAUGGGUCUGCCCCAACUCGUGGAGUCGUCCAGGUAACCUUGAAGAUGGUCGCCGCUGAUCCGAUCGAUUUCAAUGGUUUACAAGCGUUUAUUGACGGAAAACAGACCAAGCAGACCGCUCAGGUCUUGACGGCUAUUAAUGUGUUACAGUUGAUCAUCCGCCAGGCACCUAAUUUGAAAUAUCCAAAUAAUACACGUGCAUUUUUCACCAAAGACGCUGGCAUACAGAGCUUGGGUGGAGGUUUGGAGUUAUGGCGCGGAUACUUCCAGAGUGUUCGCCCUACCAUCGGAAAGGUUUUGGUGAACAUUGAUGUGUCGACAGCAGUCAUGUUCAAGCAGGAUAACUUUCAGAACGCCGCUCUCGCUGUCCUGAGGCAGAACGAUGUUCGUGCGCUGGAGCUCCGCGCAGAUUCACCCCAGUUCCGCCAAUUGAAAAGUUUUUUCAAGGGCGUUUCUGUCACGCUCGUCCACCGGAAGGGCCUCAAAAAGAUUCGAGGUUUAGUUGCCAGUGCUGGCAACUUUCAGUUCGAGAACACCACGGUCAAGGAUUAUUUUAAGAAAGCUUGGGGUCGCCAGCUACUCCAUCCCAAUAUCAUCGGUAUUCAAGUUGGUUCAAAGGAUCGCGACGAGGUCAUCCCAGCAGAGAUGUGUCUUAUCGCCCCCGAUCAGCGAUAUACACGAAAACUGCCUCCCGAAUUUUCGUCGACCAUGGUCAAGUUUUCUUCGAAGAACCCCCAAGAUCGCCUGGCGCUUAUCAGCGCUGGCAUCAGCAAUUCCAUCACGGCCGACCAGCGCUCUGCCCUGGAUUACCAAAAUUCUCCGUUCUUGCAAGACGCUGGGAUCACCGUGUCUCCCGACCCAAUCUUGGUCACCGGGCGUGUCCUCCCGACACCAAAAAUUCACUACGGGAACCCUGCCACCAGUAGACCAGUGCAACCGCGAAAUGGUUCAUGGAAUGUCAUCGAUCAGACCUUCCAUGAGCCGAAGAGUCUAUCGUCCUGGGGGAUUCUUAAUUACGCAAGGGUCAGCGACCAGACCAUUAACCGAUUCAUCAAUACCUUGCUUAACUCGUGUAAAAAACUUGGAAUGGAUUUGUCCCCACCUUCAGCAAGUCAGUCGUGUUCUGGCGCGUCCUCCGUGGUGAACGAUAUGAGGUCACUUAAACAUUCCGUCCACAACAAGAUAGGCAAAGAUCUGGAGAUGGUCCUGGCGAUCCUACCGACGAGCUCGACAGAUAUAUAUCACGCCAUUAAAUCAUUUGGUGACGUUAUCGCCGGUUUCCCAACACAGUGUGUCCGAGAGAACAAGAUCGAAAGAGCCAAUGACCAGUACUGUGCGAAUCUGGGGAUGAAAAUCAACGCCAAACUUGGAGGCGUCAAUUCGCUGCCAAGGUCAGGUGCGUUGGAGAAACUUAUGAAUGCCCCGUUCAUGGUUAUCGGUGCCGAUGUGGGGCAUCCUGCACCUGGCAUGGUAAACCAGCCCUCUGUGGCAUCUCUCGUCUAUUCCUUUGAUCGGUAUGCUGCUCGGUACGAAGCCAUGAUGUCGGUUCAGCACCCUCGUCAAGAAAAGAUUGAUGAAUUACGCAAAUUAGUAUAUCGCGCGAUCGACGAGUUUGGUGAGCGUAACAGGGCCGCACCUGUGCGCAUCAUUUUCUUCCGAGAUGGUCUUUCCGAAGGGGAAUACGCGCUCACGGGUAAAGAGGAGAUCGAGGAUAUCAUGGGUGCGAUUGAUGACAUCUGGCGGGACAAAAACCUAAAGGGCGGGAAACCUGAGUUGACAUUCAUAGUCGUAGGUAAACGGCACCAUGUCCGAUUCUUCCCGAAGAACAAGAACGACGGGGACAGGUCUGGGAACUGUCCCGCAGGAUUUGUCGCCGAUCAGGGAGUGGGUAACCCAGCAGUACGCGAUUUCUACUUACAAUCGCACGGUGGUCUCCUCGGAACUAGCAGGCCGAGUCAUUACAUCACGCUCAGGGACGAUAUAUACAAGCACAACACAGACGACCUGCAGGAGCUCGCGUUCACGUUGUGUCAUGCAUACGCGCGUGCAACGCGUUCCGUCUCGAUUCCGGCACCUGUUUAUUAUGCCGAUGCAAGUAUCCCUUAUAUCGUCUGUGCGCGCGGCGCGUUCCAUUUCAACCCCGCCAUGGGUUUCGACGGUGCUACCAUAUCCAGCAAUGAUGACGCUUUUGACCUUGAACGGUGGAGGAAGAACUUCAAGGACAAGCAUGCAAACUUGUCGAAGAAGAUGAAUUUCAUGUGA